AUGCCUCGAGCCCGGCUUCGAAAGAAAUAUCCAGGUGACGUCCAGGCGCAAUUUUCAUGGUCUCACCCAUUUCAUAUCAGCGUCGAUAACAGUAGCAACUCUAGCAAGCAUCUUAACAUUUCCUACGACACAUAUGUCAAGGCCAUUCUCUGCCCAGCGUCGGAGGAGCUUAAAGAAUUUAGCGAGCGUGUGACGAAGGAUACGUGCUCCAAUUGCUCCCGGAAGCACACACAGUGCCUCCCAGAUGACGCGGACCACUUGCGUUGCAAAGCAUGCCAGGAUCUCAAACAAGGGUGCUCUUGGAAAAAGGAUUUUAUCCUGAAGUACACAAUGAAGGACCUUGGCCUGUCAUCUGAAGAAGCCCGAAAGCGUCACCUGCUAAUUGACUAUCGCUCGAUACGCCCCAAUAGAGAUGCUUUGUCGGAACUCGAAGAAGAGCGAGAGCGCAGAGAGCGCGAACGCGAAACUGUUGAACUUACCCAGCCCUCCCCAGAUAAUAGGAAAAGGAAGCGCCCUCUCUCUGUUUCUGUGACGUCUCUGGUAACGACAGGGGGCCCACCAGGCACUUCGGUCAUCCGGAGGGAGCUAACAAGCCCAGGAAGUUUCGCAGCUAGUUUGGAGAAAGAAGGAUCCCCGUCGAAGCGCCCAAAACAUGGCGAGGACGCGGCGAAGGCGAGACACAACCAGGAGGGCGUUCAGGAGACCAUCGCAUCCACGUCACGCCUAGAUUCUUCACGCCCAUCCAAAUUUUCAAAGAUGAAAUCCAAACUGAACCGGGUUUCUUUGUUCGGAGCUUUGCCCAGCCGCCCAUCUUCAAAGCCGGUCGAAGCGCCCUCGUCCGUGGGACCACUUGAGACUCCGUUGCUCAAGUCCUACCCUAUCGUGCACCUACUGUCCCACGCUUCCGCACAAAAUCGAGACGACGGGACUCAGAACCGUGACCGCAUUACACGCAACCCUCAGCCCGUUCACAUGUUCCUUCCCUUGAGCAGCAGUAGUGCUCCCGCCCGAGAGCCAGCAACCGCAGCCACCUCUACACCGACACCAGCCGUGACACAGAUAUCUCCGACCGAAGUGGCAACAACUAACGCACCAGUCAGCGAGGAGCAGCACAAAGAGGCGAUGGAAAUUGUCCUGAAGAAGGCGUUGGAAGAUCAGAUCGCCGCCAAGAGCGCUCUUGCCCGCUCAGAGGAGGACAAUCGACGGCAGGCAGAGGAGAUGAAGGAAAUGCGACAGACGCUAGAAGCCAUGAAGAAGGAAAAGACCCAACUGAAAUCCGAGUUGGACUUGAAGAAAAUGGAGUGUGGUGCAUGGAAAACCAAGGCCGACAAGUUCGAAAGGCUGGCUACAAAGUAUUCAGACGAUGCUGCGAAGCUGUUGAAGGGCUUCUCCAGCGAAAUGGGAUUGGCUUCUGAACAUACUGCGUCCAAGAAGGCGACUUUCGGAUUUUGGCGGCGAUUCGGAGUACUUGGACAUAGAAAAGCAGAAUGCCCCCAUAUUCGCAAGAUUGGAGGCUGCGCCAAGAUGAGACUCGAGCUUGGCGUUCCAACACGGUCACCUGCCCAAUUCGCAUCGACGCGGCUACCGUCACGUAGUUCCGAAAUCCUCCUAACUUCCAACUUGCUUCCUCUACGAGACUGCCCAGUUGAACUACGACGACAACGUUUCUUUGAUAUAAUGGCACGCUCCUCCUCAACUCAUAAACGACGGUCCACGAAGACAACCGGUGUUCCCAACCCUGGGUCUGCUGCAAUGGCAGAAGCAUCGGGAACAACACCCGACAGCGUACCAGCGAGCACCGUUAUGACUGUGGACGAAAUGAAGCAGAAGAUUUCGCAUCUUCCGGAAGCACGGGCCCACCAAGUAUUGAAUAAGGUCCUUGAUAGAGUGCCUGCAGCGAGAGAGGUGUUGUCGGAGCUGUCGAGCAACCCCGUGGCUACAUUACCGCUCUCGGAGUGGGCAGGCAUCUAUAAAGUCCGAUCUCCAGAGCUCGCAGACGAAUGGCCCAAAGAGUGUAGCGGCAACCUCAAGUUCGAAACUUACCCUUCGUCUACUUCCGCCCACCUUUGGGCCCAUUUCAACGUCGGGAUUAUAUCGGGCGUCAUGCGCUCGAUAUCUAAACCUCCGACGGCCGUCAACGAGGAAAUUCUCAUCGAAUGGCGUGGUCGUGAACUGGGCGAACAAGCCAUGUUGGUCAACGAAUGGAAUCGGGGUAUUCUCGUAUUCCUGGGCGAAGGCAAGAUACAGGCGACGAUCCAAGGUGAUGAAGCAAAUUACACGUUCACCGGUUCAUUGGUCCCUCCAGGAGAUCAGCGUACACUGGUCCAGCAGAAGAGGCGAGUGAAGGCCUGGAAGUCGGAGUGGAGGCGGUAUAAUUGGGCAAACGAGGACGCAGAGCAGCGUGCAAGAAUAGGGAGAAAGGUCGUGUUAUAUCUUGAGGAGAGCCCGUUUGAAAGCGAUACUUCAACGGGUGACCACCGCCGAGAAGAGGCGAUCGAUACAGCACACUUUUUGAUGGAUGAUAGCUAG